AAAGACUACACCUACUAAGUGUUGUGGACCACCGAUUCUAGAACUAUUAUAUGGGCCUGAUUCCAAACCCAAAAGCCCAUUAAUGACUUGAGCGUUCAAAUUCCGGCUACACACUCACCGCGAUCUCUUUCUCCGUCGCCCUCUCUGACCGCGAAAAUGGCGUCGUCGAUGCUGACAAAAACCCUAAAAACCCUCAACCCUUACGCCCUCACAGCUCUUACCUCCACUAACCGCCAGCUCAGCGUCGCUCCGGCAGCCCGAAAAUCGGAAGACGACGCCGCAUCCUUCACCUUCUCCUCCGGCGGGCACGACCGUUCGAAAUCUUCCGAGGACUGUAGUGGGGAUGAAAAAUUGUACAUCAAGGGCCCCAAAAUAUCGACGUCGUCCGUGACGAUUCCUGUGUCCUUCAUGACCGGUUCGAUCGUCGGAAAGCGGUUCUACCAGAAGGUGACGACGAGAGAAGCUGAUGAUGUUAUUGGAUGGAGCGUGAUGCUCGAUUACAGGACGCUCAAAACGCCGUCGAAGCGAAAUCUCAAGUGCCCUACUUUAGCUCUUGCCAAGGCUAUUGCAGAUGAGUGGGAGUACCAGCUGCAUUGCCGCUUGUACUCAAUCAGAUGGAAUAAGACCCUUCACAAUGCCUCUGAUGAAGCUCGCAUGUACGGCAUUGGAAAGAGUUCCGAGCUUCAAGUGGAAAAAUUUGGUCCUCUCAUUAAGUGGGUGGAAUCAGAAUUCGGGUUUAAGCCCGUUGUGUACACAAGUAUUUUUGGCGGGAAACAAGAGGAGGGUUUGGUCGAAGCCGUUGAGAACGUUCUUAAGAAGACUGAUGACUGUGAACUUGCUGCAAUUGCUGCAGCUGCUCACUCAUUGAUCAUAGCAAUUGGAAUUUUUCGCGGCCGAUUGAAUAUCCAGCAGCCAAUUGAGUUGAUUAGGCUGGAGGAAGAUUUACAGGUAGACAGAUGGGGUUUGGUUGAAGGUGGUCAUGAUGUUGAUAUUGCCGAUCUUAGAGUCCAAAUCUCAUCUGCUGCUUUUUUUCUCGGACUUUCAAGGAAAAACUAGCUUCUUUUGGCUCAAUUUAGUGAGGAUGAUGCCUGCAUAUCAAGGGUCACCUUGGCAACACUUGGUGCAAACUGGUGGCUGUAUUGUAAUAUCACAAUAAUCUAGAAUACUGAAUAUCCCGAGUUAAAAGUACCUGUUACAGUAAUGUAUCGAGUGCUGGAGACAGUAACUUGUGACUGAGGCACAUUACAGAUUGUAAGAAUUAUCAGACAAGCAACUGCGGACUUCAUUUGCCUUACGAACAUGAUGAUGAUGAUGAUGAUGAUGAUGAUGACUUUUUGUUU